AUGAGAGGCAUUGACCAUGAGCGGCGGGAGGCAUGGCGUGAGAACGCAAAGAGAGGCAUCGACAAGAGCGGCGAGAACGGCGUCGGCCAAGGCUCAGCCAUGGAGAGUUCAGUGAUCGAGAGCUUUCCCCUCACCUCAGACCACCAUGCCCCCGAUAGGAUGCCAUUCGAAUCUCUCGAAGCACAAGACUUCAGAAUGCUCCGGAACACGGUUGCCCACAAUGGAGACUACGCGGCUGAAGGUCAUGGCCGACUCAUACCACAAUACAGGCCUUGCAGCCGCAUCGAUAGAGAUGACGACGAGUGGGUCGGGCUUUGGAGUGCGCAGCUCAAUAUAGAGGCGUGGCGGACAGCGAUCGAUGAUCCAAGGUCAACACUGGAGACAAAGCGGAAUGCAUUACAGAGAGUCAUGAUCGAUCGCGCGCAGCUAAGAGGGCCUGCCAACUCGAACGUAGCUCAACAAUUUGCUGUCAAGAAUAUCGUCAGAGAGGUUGCCAACUCAACUCUCCUCGAUGAAGAUGCAGGCCCCAGAAUCGUCGUCAAGAGAAGGUCACACCACUCACCAAGCUUGUCGGGCAGCUGUGAUCUUGGACAAUUGUCUCCCCUUUACGCAGCAGGCUUUGAAGAAAACGAGGGAUCUCGGGGCAGCAAGCGCCGAAAGAUGAACGAACAGACCGAUGCUUCAGAUGUUGUGCACAACCUUCAAGUUGAAGCUGAAACAACAUCUGGAACUUUGUUCGUGACACCCGGACAGUCACCGGUCGCCUCCGUCGAUAGUGCUUUAUAA